AUGAAUCCUCUGUCACGUCACUACUUUACAAACGCACAGAAUUCGUUCAAAUAUUGCAAGACUAUUUUUAGACGACAAGCCGGUGCUCACAGGAGCAUUAGUACUUUCACGACCUCUGAUUAUAUACAGAGAUUUCCCAAGUUCAAAGACAUUCGAGCAUUACACCUACGAUGGACAAGAGUAGAACAUGAAGAAUAUAAAGAAAAGGUAAAGUUGCAAGUUGCAAAACUGAAAGCAAUGAAUGAUGGAGGGAAGACACAAGCGGCUGGUGAUGACUUUUCUCAGCAGACACAAUCGUUAGCGUCAUCAGAUGCCGAUCUGAACAAAAAUAAAUCAGCGUCCAAAACUAAUCUAUUAAUAUGA